AGAAGAUACGAUGUAUUCAUUGCAAGCCCUUCUUUUAGAACAAGAUCAUCAAGAGCAACAAAUGUCGUUGGAAGAUCGAGUCGAAGAGAUGAUCGGGUACAAAUUCCGGGAUCCAAUUCUUUUGAGACAAGUUUUCACCCAUCACUCGUUCGAGGAGGGUUGUUCCUCGUUGGAGCGUUUGGCGUAUCUUGGUGACGCCGCAUUGAGUUUCAUAUUAGCCACUUGGCAAUAUUCUUUAUACACGCGCUUAAGUCCCGGCGAGUUAACAAAGAUCCGAGCUAUUAAUGUGGACACCGAGAAACUUGCGCGUGCCGCGUUGAAGAAUGAGCUCCAUAAAUUCCUUCGUCAUCGCAUUCCUUUGUUGCCAAUACAGAUCGAAGGCUUUAGGAAUGAAAUGAAGAAGUACCCGUUGCAUUCGUGUGGAUUGAUCGAUGCCCCAAAGGUACUUGCGGACAUUGUCGAGGCUUUGAUUGGAGCCAUAUUUAUCGACUCCAACUCUUCUAUGGACACAACAUCUGAGAUUACAAUACGCUUGCUCGAACCAAUUAUCACUCCAGAAAAUCUUCCAACGCAUCCAAUGACAAAAUUACACGAAAUUUGUCAGAAAAACAAACUCUCAUUGGUGAUAAAAGACACGUGGAAAGACAAUGGAACAGUUGAGUUCGUCGUAAAUGGACGAUUUACCGGGAGGGCGACUUACAAAGCUAAAAGGACUAUAGCCAAAACUAGAGCAGCAUUAGAUGCAUACUCCCAAGUUGUCGAAGCCCUAAAUGUUGUCCAAGAUGAAAAUGAAAAUUCUACUUGUAAUAGUUCUUGAUUUAUAUGCUUUAUACUUCAUUAUGUUUUUAAUGUAUAUUUUUACAGCAAUUAUUCUUUCGAAUAUA